GACAUUCGCUUCGCGGCCGCGACCAUGAAAGCACACGGUCCUUCGAGUAUUUGGUUUACUUUUACUAUUUUUUUAUUCCUUGGUGGUGUUCUGUCGAGAAGUGUCAGCGAUGAUCAGCAAGUGACUGACAGCAUUCAAGAUGACGACUCAAUUCGACAAGACGAUUCGCAAGUAAGUGGGAACCUCAAUUCGAAUUCGAAUUCGGAUUCACAAACGGAAAUCGGUAAGUCCACUAUUGGUACGGGUCAUGAUAAAGACGAGGGAAUUAGGAGAUUCGACGCUAAUUCCGACGCUAAUCCUAAUUCUAAUGCCGACGCUAACAGGAGUGACGAUAGUAAGCACUCGGUUGAACGUAAGUUAGAUUCGGAGGAUAGUUUUGAUAGAGGGGAUUCUAAAGAAGCCGAUGAACGGGUCAAGCGCGAGCCAGAUUCGGUAGAUAGUCUUAGUAAGAGAGAGAAUGUUGACAUUGACGCAACGAUUGGCAAUGAAAAAUUGAAAGGAAUUGCGGGUGAUGAAGAUCAACGGGUUCACCAAACUCCGGAGUUGAUUCCUGUCAAGGUGGACCAGAUCCACUUGGACGAUGCUGUAGAAUCGGAAGUUAAUUAUGCGAGAAAAUCAAUUUCUAUUGACGGGGAAGAAGACGAGGAAGAUAAAAAAGACGGACGCAGUGAAAGGAGUGAGAAAGAAAAAAUAAAACUUGACGAAAUUCCCUCGCCGGAUGUACAGCAUUGGAAAGAGCAAGCGAUUCUUUUGCAGGAACAGUUGAAAAACAAGACUUACUUGUCGUAUCUCAGGGAAUCGGAAUCGGACAUUCUGCCCGGGGUCCCCAAGUUUACGGAAGGUCAGCUGUUGGAUUUGCUGAAGAAAAUCGCGCCGAAAAAGCUCGCGCCCGCGGAAAAUUCUUAUUUUGACAAAGCGGACACAUCGGGACUAGAUAAAGAUCAGCUGGAGAUAUUGAGAUGCGCAGAAGGCUUCGUUUCGGAGAACAAACGUAAGAACUUCGCUGAUGAUAUGCUUGAGUGUAUCCAGGGUCUGAAUAUUCUUAAUUGCAUGAGGAUUUUCAUUUGGCCGAUUAUUGUCGACAACGUACCUGAAUCAAUUACCCAGAGGUUCCCGACGUUCCCUUUGGAACUGACUCUGUCGGACUGGUUGCCAGGUGAUCGCGAGACGCCAAAAACAAUUCGGGCUACGACGGGUGUUCCUCAGAAACGGCUGAUAACUCCGGAAUUGGUAAUCUCUAAUAUCCUCAAGGAUGCGCUAGAAGGCGGCAAUUUGAAGGACUACGACAAAAUCCCGACUUAUAUUGACGCACAAAAUGACACCCUGUCGAAAAUAUUGAGCCCUGGUCAGAUGGAGAUCCUGCAGAUGUCGGAGAAGUUCUUGCCCGAAUCUGCUAGGCAGGACUACUCGAACCAAAUGUACUCGUGUGUUACGAGGUUCGAGUACUUCAGCUGCAUAAAGUUUUUCGCAUGGCCUACCAUCAAGCAAAACUUCCCGGCUCUGCCCGAAUUCCCUGACUACCAGAACUGGUACCCGGCGAGCAUCAACGUCUUCCCAGGCUACCCAUUGAUUCCUUUCCCGGAUUCUCCGUCAGAAGAUGGCAGUUUGCCAGAAGUCGUGGAUGCUGAUGAAUUCAAAAACCGAAAACCCCGCCCUGAAGCACUGAUAGUUCGUAUACUCAAAAAUACGUUAGAUCAGCAACCGAGACAACAACUACUGUCGUCAGCAAUACGUCUGCAGGAUGACAAUAUCAAGUAUAUGACAAAGGAACAGCUGGCUUCGAUACAGAUGGCCGAACAACUUAUUCCCGUUGAAUAUCGAGCGGAAUUCGUUAACAAUAAUAUUGAAUGUAUGAGACAAUUUAACUAUUUGACAUGUCUUCGGUAUGUAACUUGGCCGACUGUUAGAAAAUUCAAACCAGGUUUGUCGGAUUGGUUCCCUACAUUACCUUCAUUCCCUGCAUUGCCAAGUUUUCCAUUCUCUCUGCCGACUUUGCCGGGCAUACCAAGUUGGGGAGUCAGUGAGACAUCGACUGAAACUGCAAGUAUUUCGAGUGGUUCGUCAGGAAGUGGAACCGGGGGAGAAAGCAGUGGAGGCAGCAGUUCUGGUGGAGGAAAUGCUGGAGGAGUCCAAGUUGUCAAUGGUGGCGGAAGCUCGACAUCUGGUAGUGGAUCUGGUCAGGGUGGCCCUGACGAAGUUGUUAUCAUCAUUAAGCCACAGGGAGGUUCAGGAGGUUCAGGAGGUUCGGGUGGCAGCAAUUGGGGACAGGGAAGUGGAAGCCAGGGAGUAAGCCAAGGAGGAAACCAAGGAGGAAAUGCCGGCACGGGAGGAUCUACUAGUUCAGGUUCCGGAGGAUCGAGUGGGGGUACCUGGUGGGGAGGAAGUUAUCCAGGCUCAUCAGGAAGUUAUCCAGGAAGUGGUACUUCCGGAGGCGGUAUCUGGGGAGGAAAUCAAGGAGGAUCUGGUAGCACAGGUAGUUCUGGAGGAGGUGGUUCAGCUUCAGGUGGGCAAGGCUCUGGCGGUAUCGGAGGACCUAUUAGCGGCAUCUGGGGUGGAAGUCAAGGAGGAUCCGGUAGCACAGGUAGUUCUGGAGGAGGUGGUUCAGCUUCAGGUGGGCAAGGCUCCGGCGGUAUCGGAGGUCCUAUUAGUGGCAUCUGGGGAGGAAGUCAAGGAGGAUCCGGUAGCACAGGUAGUUCUGGAGGAGGUGGUUCAGCUUCAGGUGGGCAAGGCUCCGGCGGUAUCGGAGGUCCUAUUAGCGGCAUCUGGGGUGGAGGUCAAGGAGGAUCCGGUAGCGCAGGUGGUUCUGGCGGGGGUGGUUCAACUUCAGGCGGACAAGGCUCUGGUGGUUCUGGAGGACCUAUAAGCAGCAUUUGGGGAGGUGGACCUAUCAGUGGCAUUUGGGGAGGCGGAAAUCAUCACGGAAGUGGCGGUAGUGGAGGCUCUGGCGGCUCAGGUGGUUCCGGAGGAUCGCAUGGUGGUUCCGGAGGAUCACAUGGAGGAUCCUGGGGAACCGGGGGAGGUAAUCAGGGCGGCCAAGGAGGAAGUGGUGGCACUGGAGGGCCUAGCAGCGCAGGUGGUUCCGGUGGAUCGCAUGGUGGAUCCUGGGGUAUCGGAGGUGGUAAUCAGGGAAGCCAUGUUGGAAGCGGUAGUGCAGGUGGUUCUGGAGGAGGUGGUUCAGCGUCAGGCGGGCAAGGCUCUGGCAAUCAAGGUGGUGGUGUAACAAUCAUUGUUACUAAACCAGGCUCAGGAGGGAGUUCUGGAACAACUGAACCAAGCCCUGGUUCCGUUGCACCUGGCAGCCAUUGGGAAUCUGAAAAUCAUUGGCAAGCUGGGCAAAUUUGGGGAUCUGGUAGCAAUAAUCAAGGCUCUCAAGGUGGAGGCUCAGGAAGUCAAGGAUGGGGAGGCAAUCAAGGACCUCAGGGUGGAGGAAUAGGAAUUGGUGGCUCAGGAAAUCAAGGAUCUGGAGGUAGUCAAGGCUCUCAGGGUGGAAGCUCGGGAAAUCAAGGAUCUGGAGGCAAUCAAGGACCUCAGGGUGGAGGAAUAGGAAUUGUUGGCUCAGGAAAUCAAGGAUGGGGAGGCAACCAAGGCAGUCAGGGUGGUAGCUCGGGAAGUCAAGGAUCUGGAGGCAAUCAAGGACUUCAGGGCGGAGGAAUAGGAAUUGGUGGUUCAGGAAGUCAAGGAUCUGGAGGUAGUCACGGCUCUCAGGGUGGAAGCUCGGGAAGUCAAGGACCUGGAGGCAAUCAAGGGCCUCAGGGCGGAGGAAUAGGAAUUGGUGGUUCAGGAAGUCAAGGAUCUGGAGGUAAUCAAGGCUCUCAGGGUGGAAGCUCGGGAAGUCAAGGAUCUGGAGGCAGUCAAGGACUUCAGGGCGGAGGAAUAGGAAUUGGUGGUUCAGGAAGUCAAGGAUCUGGAGGUAGUCAAGGCUCUCAGGGUGGAAGCUCGGGAAGUCAAGGAUCUGGAGGCAAUCAAGGACUUCAGGGCGGAGGAAUAGGAAUUGGUGGUUCAGGAAUUCAAGGAUCUGGAGGUAGUCACGGCUCUCAGGGUGGAAGCUCGGGAAGUCAAGGACCUGGAGGCAUUCAAGGACCUCAGGGCGGAGGAAUAGGAAUUGGUGGUUCAGGAAGUCAAGGAUCUGGAGGUAGUCAAGGCUCUCAGGGUGGAAGCUCGGGAAGUCAAGGAUCUGGAGGUAGUCAAGGCUCUCAGGGUGGAAGCUCGGGAAAUCAAGGAUCUGGAGGCAAUCAAGGACCUCAGGGUGGAGGAAUAGGAAUUGGUGGUUCAGGAAGUCAAGGAUCUGGAGGUAGUCAAGGCUCUCAGGGUGGAAGCUCGGGAAGUCAAGGAUCUGGGGGCAACCAAGGCUCUCAGGGCGGAGGAAUAGGAAUUGGUGGUUCAGGAAGUCAAGGAUCUGGAGGUAGUCAAGAACCCAGUAAUGGUUCAGGACCAAGUGGUUCCGAAAGUAGUCAAGGAUCAAGCGGAGGUAUGGACGGUGGUAGUUCUGGAAAUCAAGGAUCUGGAUCAAGUGGCUCCGGCAGCGAUCAAGGACCAUCGAGUGGUGGUAGCAUCGGUACUGGUGGUUCGGCAGGAGCUGAUGGGGGAAGUAGUGAAAGUGGUUCUGAUCAAGGCUCUACCGGAGGAAGCGGGCAGGGUGGCUCUGAAGGCGAAUGCACAUGUUGCCCAACUGGAAACACAGAUUCUCUGUAUAACAAAGGAAUGGAACCAAAAAUCAUUGACAUACUCCACACUCUACGUUACUCAAUGAUCACUACUCCAGUCCACCGUCCAUUCAUCGCCGAUCGGCAGCUAAUGUCUCACACACGUCUCACCAACGAACAACUGACCAUUUUAGAACUCGCCGAAAGUAUGGUUCCAUUCACAACACGCCGUGAUUUGAUUUCCCGAUCGCUAGGUUGCCUUCAAGGUGGGGCAGAUUUCAUGGUCUGUACCAGAAAUGUAGUCUGGCCUUUCCUACAACUUUACAUCGACAGCCUUCCGGACUUUCCCGCGAACAGCGAUGCGUUUAAAUCCACCAGUGCCAUCAAUAAUUACAAAUUUCAAUUCGCGCCAGAGAAACAACGACCAUUCGGACGGAUAAAUAACCAACCGGCUACCACUCGUCGUGUCUCUUCUACCCACGGCAAUUACGGAUUACUAAGAUACCCUAAUAUACAAAUAGCCGCCCGAACGCCUUUACAUUCAGGUAUUUCGGCUAAAUCCGAUGACCAACCAAUCAUUUCAGUAACUGGUGCAAGAUUCGUACCACUUUAUUCAGAAUAUCCUGAAGGGGUAAUUUUGAAUAUCCUCAACACGUUAGCGAAAUCCUCAACGCCUACAGAAUCUCAAGAAUCCAAGAGCAAAGUAACCGAAUUUCCCGAAUUGAUAACUCCACUAAACAAACAGCAAGAAAACAUUUUAAGAGUAAGCGAAAGCUUGCUUCCGGAAAAAGCUCGUGCCAACUUCUUCGAAGACAUGGCGAUGUGUAUGCGUACAAACGAUUUCAUCAUCUGUUCUCGGGAAAUAAUGUGGCCGCUUUUGAUUCAAUACUUCCCAGACAUGCCAAGUUUUCCUACAUUCCAACGAAUCGUCAAUUCCGGGGCCUCGGCUGCAGAAUAUCUCCAACCGAUAGCAGACAACUCGGCGCCCAUUUCAGAAACUAACAUAAAAACUGAUCAGACUGGUGACGCGAUGAUCACAAUCACGGACACCCAAUUCGUCCCAAUAAGCGAAAGUCCAGAAGAAGUCAUUUCAAAAGUUUUGAAAGCCAUGGAAACAUCAAAUAAAAAUCCUUCAGCAUUUUCGUCUAUUGCCAAAUCACCAGCAUUCAUUUCGCAGUUUACGAAACCUCAAGCUGAUGUUCUUGUGAUAGCAGAAAAUUUACUGCCAUCGACAUUCCGUGAGACAUUUGUUGUCCGGAUGAACGAUUGCAUGCGUAGCAGCAGUUUUCUGGACUGUAUGAGAGAAAUCUCUUGGCCUACGUUGGGUCAAUUUUAUCCAAGGCUACCAAAUUUCCCAAAUUUCGGGACUGGAGUCAAUUUGCCGGCAGAGAAACCCCAGCAGUCGGCUCUACUUCCACCGCACGUGGAACCAAAUUACGCUGAACAAGUUCCAGCACGGAUUGAAUUCCUACCACUGUCUCAGUAUCAGUCCAAUUACUUCCAACCCUAUGGAUUAAAUCCAUUCAGCCCAGACUAUUUGGGCUUGCAGCAGCAAAGCAGCAAUUAUCCAUCAGCCAUAACUUCGACCGUAGGGUCAACAUUAACACCAGCCGUUGCCGGCCAACCAACUAAAAUUCUUCUAGACAUAUCACAAGGUGCUAAAAAUUUAUCGCGUGUGCGCAGAAAUACCCCAACUAAUGACAAUGAUAAAGAUAAUACUGAAAACAUUAACAACUUGGAUGGGCCAAACUUAAAUUUAACAGAGACCGACUUUAUAGAGCUUCUUGCCAAAAUCCUCAAACAAUAUCCAGAGCCCGCGGAAACUGAUGGCUCGUUUGUCGACACCCUCAAUUCAACUGUAAAGAACGCAUUGACUGCUGAUCAAUUGACGAUUUUGAAAAUGACCGAGCAACUGGGUCUCCAAAACAUCAGAGGACUUAUGGGUCAGGUGUUUCGCUGCAUCAUGGGCCUCAGCUUCAUCAGAUGUAUGGGCGUUUUCAUGAUGCCUCUUAUCAUGAACAUGCUGCCUUCGUUGAGUCUCGGGUUGCCCUUUGGCCGUUCCAAUGACAACGACCACGUCCUGGGAAUGUCCAAAAAAGACGCCGAAGCUGAACUGCUUGAAGGUAAGGAAUCCGUUGAAAGCAUUCUGCUUAACUGGUACAAGAGUCUUACUGAAGAGAAGUUUUCGUCAUCUUUCGGAUUCCUUGAGUUCCAAGGCUACGGAGAUGGUCAAAUCGGCGUUAAAUUCAACGGAUUCAGGCAGGCGCGAGUCAGAAUCAAGGACCACAAGACUCUGCCAAGUAUUUUGACCAUUAUCAGUGACAUAAUGGAGGACGUGCUAGACCCGAAACCUGAAAACCCCAAACCUAAGAAGAUCAAGAAACAAAAGAGCGUGGAAUUGAAUUCUUAUGAAGAUCCCAGUGAGACUCCAAGAAGCAGCGACGACAAAAUAAUCCAGAUGUUUUUGGAAAGACUGAAAGCCAACUCGACAAAUAUCGACACUGAUGACUCCGUUGAUGAUCAGAAGCAAUACCUGACUAUUGAAGACGCCUAUCGCGCAUUCGAAGUUCUUCUGGGCACGAGAUUCAAAGCCCGGGUUUCCGAUGACCAGGACACUUACCAGUCAAACAACAACUACGCUGACGAGGAACUAAAAGUAGUUCCUCUGGAAAGCUUUCAGGAAUUGGGCGGAAAGACCAAAGCCAAGGAAGAGAAAUCGCAAUUGAUGGUCAAGCUGCCCCAGUUGAACGAAAAUAUGGAGCUGGCUCGAAAACUAACCAACACGGUGACGGAUUUAUCAAGACGCAUGAAGAACAACAUGAUGCAAAUCGCCCCAGGUGUUGGGGUAGCAGUCAGCUUGCUUCUACAAAUGGCCUUAGCUCACGCCCGGGCUGCGGCAUCGGUUGCCGAAGUAAUCAGCAACAUGGCGUUGGGCUCCGCGAUGUUCACUUUCAUGCGGCAGACCUGGUUCGCGCCCAGUCCACAGCCAAAAGUUCAUUACGUUCACAACCACGAGCCAUCCGAAGCGGGGAUAAGUUGGGCAAGAAGUUUUUGAGUAGAUCACAUCUACUAGAAGACAAUAAUUAUUAAAAUAACCAAUGAUCGAUAAAUUGGGAAGGCUGCAAUAUUAAUUUAUGUAAAGGGAUCUUGGUGAUGGGUAUCGUUAUAAAACUUGUGAUUCUGUAAUAAUUAAUUAUUAACGAUUCAUAUAUGUUAUCUUUAUACAUUCAUUAGUUGUAAUUCAUUUUAUACAUUUAUUUGUACUCAUCUUAAUUAAUUAAAAAAUCAGCGUAAUGAUU